GCGCGCGCUCCGGCCGCGCUGCCGCACGGCAUUCAGGUGGUGAAAUGUAGCCUAACUUCAGGCGUGCAGCCUCUGCUAUGGUAAUAUGGGUCGACAAUGGCGAGAAAACGGUUUAUGAUGUCAAUGAUCAACCCACCGAGACAGACUAGACUAGAUCCGCAGCAAUGAGCUCCUCCUUUCCAAAAUCUGAAUCUACGACCUCCUUACUGAAAUCAUCCUCGGCGGCGAGGAGACUAACACACCUCCCUGAACGCACAGCAGAAAGCCGGAGAAGUCAGCAUCAGCACCAGCACCAGCACCAGCAUCAUCACCGUCCUGCCGCACUCCAGAGCAGCAGCAAAGCCGAGGAGUCCUUCUGGUCGGCCGAGUGCGACAUCAGCGCCCGAAGACCCCUGUGCCAUCCGUCCCUCAUCGGCAGCCAGGACAGUAGUAAUAAUGCAGACACUCGGGGCAAGUGUAAGUCACAUGCGCCUCACAGCCAAGUUCCCGACCCGCCGGAGCCAAACGGCGAGGCGGGCCGAGGUGUGAGGGAGCGCUGCAGGUCAUCCAAACCCACACACCGGCACCACCACCGCAGGAAGCACAACCGGGAGGACCGUCCUCCGGCAGUAGGACCACCUGAACCUGAGCACCCCCGUCGCUGUCACACCCGCCCGGUCCCCAGGGUGCCCUCUCUAUCGGACAGCAACGACGACAGGGCUCCUCUCUGUGAGCCGAAAGACCAUAAAGGGGUCAGUUUGGCUAAUAGCGGCGGUCUGGUCAUCAGUCCAUCCCCGUCCUCCUGCUCCCUGGUCCCGCUGUCCAGCAGGUCUUCUCGCCGCUCCCGGAGGUCCAGCGCUGCAUCUUCUUCAUCCGAUAUCAAUUUACGCACCAUCCUCAAUUCACUGUUUGGGCAGAUGCUCCAGGAUGCUGAGAGGAGAUUCAGAGGGGUGCUGUCCUGUGAGGAGAUGGGCCAGGCAGGGUAUCUUGGGCCUUAUCAGGAGUCCAUUGUUUCCAUGACACAAAACUGUGUUCUCGUGAGCAACAUACUGGGACAAACCUGUGUCUUCCUGAGUAAAGGCAUGGCCACAUGCAGGCAGGCUGACAGAGAGCUGCGGCCAGAAGAAAUGGAUGAGUUGCGGGAUGCUUUCAAAGAGUUUGACAAGGACAAGGACGGUUUCAUCAGCUGUAAAGACCUUGGAAACUGUAUGAGAACCAUGGGAUACAUGCCCACUGAAAUGGAGCUGAUUGAACUGAGCCAACAGAUAAACAUGAACUUGGGAGGUCAUGUUGAUUUUGAGGAUUUUGUAGAGUUGAUGGGCCCAAAACUCCUCGCCGAAACUGCAGACAUGAUUGGAAUAAAAGAGUUAAAAGACGCGUUUAGAGAGUUUGACACUAAUGGAGAUGGUGCCAUAAGCACAUCUGAGCUCCGAGAUGCUAUGAGGAAGUUGUUGGGCCAGCAGGUGGGUCUAAAGGAAGUAGAAGAUAUCCUGAGGGAUGUUGACUUGAAUGGUGACGGGCUUGUUGACUUUGAAGAGUUUGUACGAAUGAUGUCUCGCUAAGAUCAUAAAAUGAUCGGUCCUGAAUGUGAAGCUGUGUCCUUCGCUAUACUUGACCAAGUACAACCGAGGACAUGCUAAGAUCUCUGAGCCACCCAAAUCUGAACGACACUGGAAUUAUAACUCCUUGAAUGUUAUGGAGCGAGGAGUCACCUCACUUUCAAUCAAUAAGUGUUCUUCCUGAAAAGUCUCCAGUUCAACUGAGGCAGAAUUUGCUGUAGCCUAGCUGAUGAUUGUCCAACUUGUGUUUUUGCACUUUAAUUCUCACUAAAUAACUUCCUGUGUGGAUAGAUUGCUGGUGUCUUGUCUCAUCCUCUACAUGGUAAAAAUAAGUGUCUUGCAAAAUGUCGCCUUUGAUGUACAAGAAAGUCAGGAUGAGAGAGUGAAUGCCUGUAGAAAAGAUGUGAAAGAUCAGUGCACUGUUGAUCACUUCACUAUGUUUUCACACAGUAUGUGUUAUAUUAAAAAUUGUAAGUGGAA